GCGCAGCUGCGCCGGCUCCUAGAGCCCAGCGGAGCCAGCCCGGCGCCCAGGGCGCGCACAGCCCGCGGCGGCGCCGGCGAUGCGGGGCCGUCCCGCGCCCGCCCCAGUCCCGGCCCGGGCCCCCGCGGGAAGGGGCUGAGUCGCCUGCCGCCGCCCGGAUGGCGAGCCUUGUCGCGCUCGCCCUCAGCCUGCUCCUGAGUCUUCAGCUGCCGCCGCUGCCCGGAGCCUGGGCGCAGAGCGCCGCAGGCGGCUGUUCCUUUGAUGAGCACUACAGCAACUGUGGUUAUAGCGUGGCCCUGGGGACCAAUGGGUUUACCUGGGAGCAGAUUAACACGUGGGAGAAACCAAUGCUGGACCCAGCGGUGCCCACAGGAUCUUUCAUGAUGGUGAACAGCUCCGGGAGGGCCUCUGGCCAGAAGGCCCACCUUCUCCUGCCCACCCUGAAGGAGAAUGACACCCACUGCAUCGAUUUCCAUUACUACUUCUCCAGUCGUGACAGGUCCAGUCCAGGGGCCUUGAAUGUCUAUGUGAAGGUCAAUGGUGGGCCCCAAGGGAACCCCGUCUGGAAUGUGUCUGGAGUCGUCACCGAGGGCUGGGUGAAGGCAGAGCUUGCCAUCAGCACCUUCUGGCCACAUUUCUACCAGGUGAUAUUUGAAUCCGUCUCUUUGAAAGGUCAUCCUGGCUACAUCGCUGUGGACGAGGUCCGGGUCCUCGCUCAUCCAUGCAGAAAAGCACCUCACUUUCUGCGGCUCCAAAACGUCGAGGUGAACGUGGGGCAGAAUGCCACGUUUCAGUGCAUUGCUGGCGGGAAGUGGUCUCAGCAUGACAAGCUCUGGCUCCAGCAAUGGAACGGCAGGGACACGGCCCUCAUGGUCACCCGCGUGGUCAACCACAGGCGCUUCUCGGCCACGGUCAGCGUGGCGGACACUGCCCAGCGGAGUGUGAGCAAGUACCGCUGCGUGAUCCGGUCCGACGGUGGCUCCGGCGUGUCCAACUACGCUGAGCUGAUCGUGAAAGAGCCCCCCACACCCAUUGCCCCCCCAGAGCUUCUGGCUGUGGGGGCCACAUACCUAUGGAUCAAGCCCAAUGCCAACUCCAUCAUCGGGGAUGGCCCCAUCAUUCUGAAGGAGGUGGAAUAUCGCACCACCACAGGCACCUGGGCCGAGACCCACAUUGUCGACUCUCCCAACUAUAAGCUGUGGCAUCUGGACCCUGAUGUGGAGUAUGAGAUACGGGUUCUUCUCACGAGACCAGGAGAGGGGGGCACAGGACCACCGGGGCCUCCACUCACCACCAGGACCAAGUGUGCAGACCCAGUGCACGGCCCGCAGAACGUGGAGAUUGUGGACAUCCGAGCCCGGCAGCUGACCCUGCAGUGGGAGCCCUUCGGCUACGCGGUGACCCGCUGUCACAGCUACAACCUCACGGUGCAGUACCAGUACGUGUUCAACCAGCAGCAGUACGAGGCUGAGGAGGUCAUUCAGACCUCCUCCCACUACACGCUGAGGGGCCUGCGCCCCUUCAUGACCAUCCGGCUGCGGCUCCUGCUGUCCAACCCCGAGGGCCGGAUGGAGAGCGAGGAGCUGGUGGUGCAGACAGAGGAGGACGUUCCAGGAGCUGUUCCUCUAGAGUCCAUCCAAGGGGGGCCCUUUGAGGAGAAGAUCUACAUCCAGUGGAAACCUCCCAACGAGACCAAUGGGGUCAUCACGCUGUAUGAGAUCAACUACAAAGCUGUUGGCUCCCUGGACCCGAGUGCUGACCUCUCCAGCCAGCGGGGGAAAGUGUUCAAGCUCCGGAAUGAAACCCACCACCUGUUUGUGGGUCUGUACCCGGGGACCACCUACUCCUUCACCAUCAAAGCCAGCACAGCCAAGGGCUUUGGGCCCCCCGUCACCACCAGGAUCGCCACCAAAAUUUCAGCUCCGUCGAUGCCCGAAUAUGACACAGACACCCCACUGAACGAAACGGACACAACCAUCACGGUGAUGCUGAAGCCUGCUCAGUCCCGGGGAGCCCCUGUCAGUGUUUAUCAGCUGGUUGUCAAGGAGGAGAGACUUCAGAAGUCCCGGCGGGCAGCUGACAUCAUUGAGUGCUUUGCGGUGCCCGUGAGCUACAGGAACGCCUCCAGCCUCGAUUCUCUGCACUACUUUGCUGCCGAAUUGAAGCCCGCCAACCUGCCCGUCACACAGCCUUUUACAGUGGGGGACAAUAAGACCUACAACGGCUACUGGAACCCUCCUCUUUCCCCUCUGAAAAGCUACAGCAUCUACUUCCAGGCACUCAGCAAAGCCAACGGGGAGACCAAAAUCAACUGUGUUCGUCUGGCUACGAAAGGUGCCUCCACCCAGAACUCUAACACCGUGGAACCCGAGAAGCAGGUGGACAACACCGUGAAGAUGGCUGGAGUGAUCGCUGGCCUCCUCAUGUUCAUCAUCAUUCUCCUGGGCGUGAUGCUCACCAUCAAAAGGAGAAGAAAUGCUUAUUCCUACUCCUAUUACUUGAAGCUGGCCAAGAAACAGAAGGAGACGCAGAGUGGAGCCCAGAGGGAGAUGGGGCCUGUGGCCUCGGCAGACAAACCCACCACCAAGCUCAGCACCAGCCGCAAUGAUGAAGGCUUCUCCUCAAGCUCUCAGGACGUUAACGGAUUCACAGAUGGCAGUCGCGGAGAGCUGUCCCAGCCCACGCUCACGAUCCAGACUCACCCCUACCGGGCAUGUGACCCCGUGGAGAUGAGCUAUCCUCGGGACCAGUUCCAGCCGGCCAUCCGGGUGGCGGACCUGCUGCAGCACAUCACCCAGAUGAAGAGAGGCCAGGGCUACGGGUUCAAGGAGGAAUAUGAGGCCUUACCGGAGGGGCAGACAGCUUCAUGGGACACAGCCAAAGAGGACGAAAACCGCAACAAGAACCGAUACGGAAACAUCAUAUCCUAUGACCAUUCCCGAGUGAGGUUGCUGGUGCUGGACGGAGACCCCCACUCUGACUACAUCAACGCCAACUAUAUUGAUGGUUACCACCGACCUCGGCACUACAUUGCGACUCAAGAAGGGGAGCCAGUGGACUUCUGGAGAAUGAUCUGGCAGGAGAAUUCAGCCAGCAUCGUCAUGGUCACGAACCUCGUGGAGGUGGGCAGGGUGAAGUGUGUGCGGUACUGGCCGGAUGACACAGAGGUCUACGGGGACAUUAAAGUCACCCUGAUUGAAACAGAGCCCCUGGCAGAAUAUGUCAUACGCACCUUCACGGUCCAGAAGAAAGGCUACCACGAGAUCCGGGAGCUCCGCCUCUUCCACUUCACCAGCUGGCCCGACCACGGCGUCCCCUGCUACGCCACUGGCCUCCUAGGCUUCGUCCGCCAGGUCAAGUUCCUCAACCCCCCCGAAGCCGGGCCCAUCGUGGUCCACUGCAGUGCUGGAGCUGGGAGGACUGGCUGCUUUAUCGCCAUCGACACCAUGCUCGACAUGGCCGAGAAUGAAGGGGUGGUGGACAUCUUCAACUGCGUGCGCGAGCUCCGGGCCCAGAGGGUCAACCUGGUGCAGACAGAGGAGCAAUACGUGUUUGUGCACGACGCCAUCCUGGAAGCGUGCCUCUGCGGCAACACCGCCAUCCCUGUGUGUGAGUUCCGCUCUCUCUACUACAAUAUCAGCAGGCUGGACCCCCAGACCAACUCCAGCCAAAUCAAAGACGAAUUUCAGACCCUCAACAUCGUGACACCCCGUGUGCGGCCCGAGGACUGCAGCAUUGGGCUCCUGCCCCGGAACCAUGAUAAGAACCGGAGCAUGGACGUCCUGCCUCUGGACCGCUGCCUCCCCUUCCUCAUCUCGGUGGAUGGAGAAUCUAGCAACUACAUCAACGCGGCACUGAUGGACCUCUGUAUGCAGUACUGGCCUGAGAAGACCUCUGGGUGCUACGGACCCAUCCAAGUGGAGUUCGUCUCCGCAGACAUCGAUGAGGACAUCAUCCACAGGAUAUUCCGCAUCUGCAACAUGGCUCGGCCCCAGGAUGGGUACCGUAUCGUCCAGCACCUCCAGUACAUUGGCUGGCCCGCCUACCGGGACACGCCCCCCUCCAAGCGCUCUCUGCUCAAAGUGGUCCGCCGGCUGGAGAAGUGGCAGGAGCAGUACGACGGCAGGGAGGGACGCACGGUGGUCCACUGCCUAAAUGGGGGAGGCCGCAGCGGAACCUUCUGUGCCAUCUGCAGCGUGUGUGAGAUGAUCCAGCAGCAAAAUAUCAUUGACGUGUUCCACAUCGUGAAAACGCUGCGUAACAACAAGUCCAACAUGGUGGAGACCCUGGAACAGUAUAAAUUUGUAUACGAGGUGGCCCUGGAAUAUUUAAGCUCCUUUUAGCCUGAUGGGAUGGGGAACCUGCCGGCAUCCAGAGGCUGUGCAGCCAAGCCCGCUUUCUGUGGAUGGCAGUGACUGGGCUUGGGCUGACGCGGCACCCUGCCCAACUCCAAGGAGAAGACUGGUGGUCCCGUGUUCCACAGUGGGCUCUACACCUUCCGAGGGGUCCCCUGUACCUAUGAGAGCUGCAGCUCCGAAAGGCCCUGGCCUCCCUUCCACACCCGAGCAGCCACAGCCACGGGCCCACGCAGCAGUGUACCCAUAACAAGGCCCCGGAUUUCUCGGUUCCCCGAACUCUUGCUUUUGCUCUGUUCAACUGUGUGAACCUCAUGGCGAGCCAAUCGUGCAGGUGCUGGGAGUGGCUGGCUUGGCAGCACCUCCUCUACUGCUCCUUGCAAGUCGGGGGGAGGGGGGCGGGUAUCUUCUCCUUCUCCAGCUAUCGUGGAAAUGAUUGGGUUCUUGGGGUCCCUGCUCUGCUGCCCCCUGCAGUGACUUUUAGCACCAGACACCUGGAUCAUGUGACCUGAGGAUGCUCCGGAGACCUCAGCAGUGGCCCCCAUCCUGCCACCCGGCCUGCAUGGGGCUUGGCCCAUGACCAUUCUGCACCCCUCCCCCAGCCUGGCCCUUGGUCUUCUGUCAUUCACUGGCCAGCCUGCUGUGUCUACAGCGCGCUUGGAUAAAGGUUUUCUUUGCGUUUUUUUUGUGGUCCGUGGGAGGGGGUGGAACUGUAGGGAAUUGGCUGUUCUUCCUUGUCUUUGUGAAAAGGGACCGCCGCCCCCUCAGAGGCAGAGCUCUCACUGAUUCUGUGUCCCUUGGGUGGCGGCUCCUUUGCGAGGGAUGCACAGGAAAAGAUUUAAUUAUUUUCCAAAGUAUAUAUUAAAAGAAACAUUUUUUAGGGGAAGGGAGCAGUGUAAAAUCUUAGUCUCCUAUGUCAAAAAAAAGAAAUGCAGGGAAGGGAGGAAGUUUGGAUGUAGCUAUAAGACAAAUCCUCUCGGGCCUGUAAUCUUUCCUGAAAAGAUCCUUAAAAGGUCCCACCCUGGGACAGCACAGCCACUGAGCAAGGGAGAGACGGGCUAGUCUGAAGAUGGUCCCUUUGGUUUCUGGGGCACCAGCAUUGAGCAUAAUCUUGACUCUCCACAUUCAAAGUCCUAGAGAAAUGCAGCUGCCAUCUUGAAAAAGGCCACCAUGGACCCACUUGUGCUUCGGUUUAAAACAGGCCACGAGCAUCACACCUGGGAAAAUUGGGUCUUGCCCAAAGUCUGGGUGAGUCCAUGACAGGGAACCAACAUUUGUUACCAGGUGUGGCACAUUCCACGUGACACACACACCAUCUUACAAGCCCCAAGGGUGAGCUGUUAACCUUUCAUCACCUCCGUGUGCCAACUGAGGAAACGGAGGCAUCCUCCUGAGUGGUGAAAUGGUGGGUCCCCAAAAAGGCGAGUAAUGGCGAUGACACUUAUUUUCCUUGUUUCCUUCAUCCUCUCUCAGCCAAGCAAUUAUCUGAUGGAGGGGAAAAUAAGGCCAGGGACUUCUGAGCAGAGAGCUUCACAAACAGAAAUGUAAUUCUUCCUUUCUGAUGUCAGUUCUUCUGGGAUGCCCAGAGUUUCAGAUAUAUUUUAGUGCCUCAUUCUCAGCUCCCUAGGAAAGCUAGUCUCAUCUAAGUUCUUAGCCAGUGAGAACAAUUCCCUGUUCCCUCAGGCUCAGAGGUCUGCCAGGCAGGGCCGCUCUCUCUUCGCUAGUCUCCAGAAGGUGGUUGGGCACAGUAUCUGACAGCCUCGGGGUGGCCUGGGAUAGGCAGCUCCUUCUUGGAGGCUGGUCAAGCCCUAGAUAGGGCACGGAGAGCACAGAAUUCAAUAAGCCACCGUGUUCUCCCUCCAGAGCUCACUGCGUGUGUGUGGAGGGGGGACUGAACCCCAUACAGUGCACAAGUGUUCUAGGAGCCUAGGAGUAAGAGAGACCGCCUAGGGCUUCCUGGAGGAGGUGACAUACAUCCCAGCUGGCUGGCAACAGACAGAAUAAGGAAGAAAAGGAAAUUCAGGCCAAGGGAUCAGCAUGUGCAGUGGCAGAGGUAUGGAAAAUCCUUGGGGCGGGGGGCAGUAUGGUGGGACAUCAGCCCACCUAGAGCAUAGCGUGGCAGGAAAAGGGCAGGAGGCGAGCCAGGGUGAGGGUGAUGAGUGCCCGGCCAAGAAUACAGACUUGGCCCCGGGCCACCAGGAGCUUCUGAGUGUUGUGCUCAGCUCAGUGUCGGAGAAGGCUCCCUCUGGGGCCGGAGGGCUGCCUCUUUUCCUUUCAUCACACACUGUGAAAACAUUCCCUUACGCGUGUACUUUAAUAUCACAUCUAUUUGUCUGUCUGCUCAUUAUUUUGUUGCUGGAACAAAAUAUGCAGUGGAUGAUGAGACUGUACUUCUGUGAGAAACCAGGUCUCUGCUCUACCACGGAGCAGGGUGACCAACCCAGAGCCCACAAGGAGGGGACACAAAAGGAGCCCCCAGGAGCUGCUCCUGCUGGCCCGGGCUCUGAGACUGUCUGGAAAGUCCAGGGACCCGACUCGAGCAAGGAAGGGCUGUCAUUUGGGAGGUUCAAAAGGAAGCAUCUCAAAGCAAAGGAAGGCAAAGGAGCCCCUCGACAAACUCCCUCUUCUUUCAUGGGCCCCUCCCCGGGUGGGCUUGAGCAGGUUCCCAGGCUCCAGUCCCCACUGGUCCUGCCUACGUCCCCAGCUCCAGCCCACUGCUCCAGCCGGCCUCCCCCGAGCCUUCAAAGAGCCUGCAGCAUAGCAAGUCAUCCUGUUAGAUGCUCUCUUCUCAGAUCUUGGUUCAUUCGUACAGAACCAGAGGGGGCAGGGGCGGGGCUCCCUAACACAAAUCCUAGGAUCUGUUCUGCUUAGGAACGGGUAAAAUCACUGGCCGAUAAAAAAAUGGCAGUCGUGGCUAUCAUUUCGAAUGGUAGGAAUUGAAAAUGUGACUUCAGGGAGAAGGAAAAUUAUAAAAAACUCGGGCUAUGGUAACCCAAAGGCCGGGGAUGGUUCACCUGGCUCGUCCCCUCAUUUCCACACAACCCAACCACCUGCCCAGAAGGCAGGGCAGUGAAUAGGCCUUAGGCCAAUGUACACAGGAAGCAGCUGAGGCUUAGCGAUGGGGAUGCCUUUCCCAAGAUCCCACAGGGCAAGGGUGUGGCAGGACUUGGAUGAGAUGGGGCACUGGUGCCCAAGAAUUUGGACUUGGCCCCUUCCCUUGGAAAGCUGAGCAAAUACCCGCUGCCCCAAGGGAUUUCCCCACCCUUCCCCACUUACAGGGGGGCUCACCUUGCGCUAUGCAGAGGAAAAGGUGCAUUUAAUGCUGAGUGUCCACAACAGGGGCUAGCCUCUGGUCUCUGGGGUGCCAAAGGGGGUGCUCCCACUUAGUAUAGAGCCUUACAGUUCUCACCUCCCAGUUAGAGACCCUGUUUGGAGAAAACGCAAGGAAUUAAUGAGAAGCCAGGAACCGUCCCCACCUGCGUAUGCUUAUGGCCUAAUAGCUUCAGGAUACAUCUCAGCUGUACCCAACAUUGGGUCCGCUCACUUUUUCUGGUGUGAAGAUCCUGGUUCCCCCAGGGGCCCCCUGACUCUCUAGAUGGCGAGCACAUGCCUCCCUUCAUGGGAACAGAGGGGUCAGCUUGCUCUUUUGGGCCGCCCUCUCUCUGGGUGUGGCCUGAGCAAUGGGCUGCCAGAUCCGAGCUCUCACAUGGGGCCAGCAGACUGGCCUGGGGACUCUAACACGUGAGCUCGCUGAAUGCUCAAUAUUCCUAAAACGUGUUUGUGAUUGUCACCAUUUGACAGAUGAGUAAACCGAGAUUCAAGGGAGAGAAAUCACUUAUUUGUCCACAGUUCCACAGCUAGUGAGGAGGGAGCCAGGAUUUAAACUGGUUCUUUUUACGUCGAAGACAACGUUUUUCCACCAUUGUGUCUCAGAUUUUCCCACAGGAUUGCCCAUAACAGCAAAAGCUCGAGUAAACCAGGGGCUCUUGUAAAGCCCCAAGCAGACAACAGUAAGCUUGAAAUUCCCUCACAGUUUCAUGUUUUCCUUGAACAAUCAUGCAAUAUUUGCAUUCCACUCUAAUUUAGCCUGAUUUCUUUUAAUAUGACAGUAUAAAUAUGUUUAACCACACGUACCCUGUCCCUCAUGUGUCUUUGAUCCCCUCAACUAGCUAUGAUGGACCCCAGGGAAGGGUGAGUCUGAGAGGCACAGUGCCUGAACCAUCUGCUUCCGCCUGCGGCCAGCUCCAGACUCAAGUUCAAGUCCAGCUCACUCCCUCUAGGCAGGUCCUUUGCUGUGAGGGGGGUGCCCUGUGCCCUGACCUCACCGUUCACAGGUUGAUCUCCACUCGGGUCUCCUCCAGAUGGAUUCUGGAAGGAAACCGUUGACAUAUACUAGAAUGAUGAGGACAGGCCCACCUGGUGUAGCAAAGACUAAACCCAUAAAACCCAAAAGGGAAAGAAGACAGACACGGCCUUGCUCAGCAGAUUCCUGAACGCUGCGCCUAUUAGAAGCUGGUGCCCUUUGUCCGGGGGGGAGUCUCGUGGUUGCUAAGAUGCGCACAUCUAAGGACACACUUCCUAAGAGGGGCUGUGGUCUGGAAGGCUCCUCACGUGCCUUCAACUACGCAUACUUACUGGGUUCCUAAAACAUGCAGGGCCCUGGAGGGGGUGCUUCCAGGAAGUACAGGUUACUACGGUACAGCUCCUCUGUUGCUGAGUCAUGGGGCUGUCAUGGAAAGAGCCCAGUCUUCAGUUCUAUUCCCAGCCCAGCCAUUCCUUGGCUAUAGAAUGUUGGGCCAACCAGUUAAUGGGAAAAGAUGUGAAAAGAGGAGCCUCGGCCAGGUAGAAGAGGUAGAGCUGGAAAGCUUUGGGCAGGGAAACAGGAAAACAAGGCCAAAACGCUGGGACCCAAAAGGAAUUCUCAGAACCAAGGAUGUAUAUGAACGAACGGGGCACAGUGGUUGCUUCUAUGACACAGCAGGACAGGGGAUGGGGAGGGACUGGCCAGAUCCAAUUGGAGCAAGGAUGUGACUUUACAAUAAGUCUCAGCGUCUUAGAGCAAAGGUUAUCAUUUUCCCUCUGACCAAAAAUCAUAUUAAUUCGUCACCUGUUCCCUGUGGCUAAGCUAGCCCCUGCUGUGUGUCCUCGCCAGGACCCACAUUUGCUCAGCUCCGGUGUGAAUACCUGUUGUGUGCAUUGAGGUGUCAGCCUAGCAAGGCGCCUGCAGACAGCAGAAGUGAGGACCAGGAAGGAACACCGGGCACUUACGUCAUCUCUGCAGGAGUAACUGCCCAACCCAGAUCCAGGGACACUGAAGGAGACUGAUAAUUCUCCUGUACCUCAUGGCCUUAGAAAAGAAUGAAGAAAGCCACCCUCCCUUAGCCUGCAUCUAAUCUCUCCUGGGUUGGACAGACAAGCCAUCAGCACCAAGCUGAGUCAGGAGAAAUGCCAUGGAAACCGUGGGUGAACCCAAGGGUAAGGUGAGCAGGAUGCUCACCCUAAACCAUAAAGCCAACACAUCGUGUUGGGCCAAGCUCCCUGGGAACAAAUAGUCAACCCAAGCUGCAGGGCGGUCAGGAGAUGAGACAUGAGUCACCCAGAUGGCCACUUCAUCUCAAAACCCUGACGGCUUCCCCCAUCAUCCAACUAGUCUGAGUUCCUUCUCAGCCAAUGAUGCCAGCUCCAAAUCACAGCCAAAUCAAACAGGGAAAUAGGAAAAGUGAAUCCAGCUAAAGGAGACCAGCUGAGACUCAGCCUUUCUCCUAAUUCCCAUGCAAUGGUUCCAUGUUGGAGGUUUGCCAUGUUUACAGAACUGGAAGUGGUAAAACACAAGCCCUUGGCUUCCCCUACCAGAGACCUGCCUUUGAGAUCAUAUACUCACUGAACAGCAGAGAGAGGAGUCAGUGGCAGAGGAUGGAGGGCUCCAGUUUCCUCUGACACAUAUUUCAGGGUCAUGGACAUGAUCCUGAGAAGCACAGCAGAGAAGUCUAAGCCGUGUUUGUGCUCAUGAGCAAACUCUCCUCUGCUUUAUUGGUAACGAGAGAGAGGCUUUUGCAUGGCACUGGCUAUACAAGUGUCUUGUAGAAACCAACACUAUCUCUUGGAUGCAUCCUGCCUACUUCCAGAAGAGGCAGGAGAAGGUCAUCAAAAGGAUCACAUUCACCCCCUGAAAUCCACCCACGAGUGUUAGGGCCGCUAGAAGAGGCGUCAGCACCCAUAACAGUAGACCCCAGGCCUUGCAUCCUAGUUAUCUAUGAGGUUGGGGGAAGUCCAUUGGGGCUGAUACAAGGGGUGUGGGAGGACUCAGCACAGCAGAGGGUCCAAGGGAAGCGCUGUUGGGGCUUGGUUACCGUGGAACCUCCUUCUGGAUCUGAGAGCUGCUAUGAAUGGCGGGAUUUGAACCUUUGGCUGGGAUGUUCAGAGAGUGAGGGUCUGGGGGCCUUAGAGUGUUGGACAGGAAGGCAUUGGAAUUAAAGCCUGGAGCUCAGCGUAAUUAGUGGAACUCAUGGUUCCUCGGUGAGUGGGUCUCCUCUAUUUGGGGGAGGUAGGGGAAUGUGAAGUAACCUGCCAAAAUUGCAAAACUGAGUCCCUGUACACACACUGCAGUGCCUUUGGGCUUGUGAAUACAGACAGUGGGCCUCUUAUGUGAUGAUCCAAAAAACUCUCAGUGCCGCCAUGCCCCUCUCUCUCCCAUGGAAGAAAUGAUAUAAGAUGUUCCUUGGGCCAAAGCCCCAGGGCAGUCUAGAGGCUCGGAGGGCAAAGUGGUGUCAUCCCAGCUCAAAUCAGUCUUCUGAAGGGUCGGACAAAACACUAGUGCCCACACCCUCCACAGGUCUGCACAUUCUUAGACAAAUGCAAGCACAGUUUUCUGGUCCCAGGUUUCUCCGAUGAGUAGAACUAGGACCAAUGGAUGAAACUUAAUAGCUUAAUGAAGGAAGAGUUUGCUGCCCAUCUCAGCAGCGGUCCAGCAAAAGCCAGACAUCUCUUUAAAUGGAAGCAGGAGCACUGCUGAGAUGGCCUUUAGGUUCCUUCCACGCUAGGUGGGGGAGAGCUUUUGGGGCUGGGAUGGUGUUUGGACUCCCGUGCUCCUGCAGAGCACAGAGCACAAGCAGGUUGUACUUGGUUUAUGUAGGUUGGAGCCCCCGGUUCUCCUGCCCAAUCUCCCCACCACACAGGCCAUGCUGCUCUGGCUACAUUGGGGGCUCAUUCUGGCUGGUUCUCACCAAACAGCCCAGAGAGAACAGCUGCUUUUCCAUAAAGCCGAUGCCCGCCAAGAUCUCUGAUUAGACCAGGCGUAAUUCAGACCACUGGCCGUUGGUGACAGCCAGAGCCAGGAAAGGUCCAAGCAGAACCAGAGCAGGGCUCUGCUUGCCAUAAACAUCAUUUCCAGAGGUUAAUUCUACCCCCACUCCCCACUCGAGGCCUGUUGGAGCAGAUUGCACAGCAAAAGCACAGUGACACUUGACACAUGAUUGUCAUCAUUCCCACCAUUAUCCAUUCCAUUGCCAGGUGGAUCCUGGUGCUAGCCCAGGUGAAUCCAGGCUAACCCACAUUAGAGAUCAGACUCAAAAGCACUUUUCUACCUUCUCUUUUCACCCUACAUCCUACUACCCAAUGAGAAGCAAAGGCUCGGGGCUUCUACCAUUGCCUUGGUUACUGGACACCAUCAUAGCCCUCUAGGGCCAUCACGGGGUUCCCACUCAACUCCCCGGAAACUGAUAUUGUCACAUCCACGGGGCAUAUGACAUUGCAUGAGACCCAAGUCUCCACACUGUUCGCAGCUUCCUCGUGAACCCCAAUGGCCUGCACUUGUACAGUUUGGGUGUUUGAUAGAUAAAGCACGUACAAGAAGAGAAAACAAAAUAAAUCAACUUUUUACAAAAGCCAGCACUGUGCUGUCAAUGUUCUUUUUUUUUUUUUUUUUCCUUUCCAAUUCUAGCUUAAGAAAGCAGAAGGUAAAUAAUGUCAGGUCAAUGAAUAUCAGAUCUAUUUUUUGACUGUACAUUACAGUGAAGUGUAAUCUUUUUACACCCGCAAGUCCAUCUUAUUUAUUCUUGUAAAUGUUCCCUGACAAUGUUUGUAAUAUGGCUGUGUCGAAAGUCUCUACAAUAAAGCUGUGACCCUGAGA